AUGUCGGGCUCUUUUUGGAAGUUUAGUCAGGAAUACUCGACGGAGUCGUCUUUGACCAAGCUGCUUAACCGCGCCUUUAUUCGCGUUGAGGAACGAAGCCGAGCAGAGACCGAGCAGGAAAAUGAGGCAAAGAGGUCCAAAGAAGAGAAACGGUUUGAUGUUAUCGAGUCGGAACACGAGGAGGAAGAAGAAGGCGAGGAAGGCGAGCAACGUGGCUCGCGGGCGCAGCGGCCGUUGGAAGGUGGGGAACUACCUGAAACCGAGUCGGAAUACAAGAAUUACAGGCCCAAUCUCGAGGUGCUCAACGAGCUAUUAGAUGACGAGGAGCUAUACACUGAGUUGAUGUGUUCUAACUUCAAGUUGAUGAUCUUUUUCAAGUAUCCCGCGGUGUUGGACGUUUUGGUAGACUAUGUGACGAACGAGCGUAUCUUGGAGGAAACGUUGGAUUUAAGCGAAGAGGAGGAUAAUGACGAUGAACACGUUGAUCUGGAACCACUUUUGGAGAGUACCGAGGACAAAGAAGCAGAGCAACUGCAUGGUGGUGAAGUAGCAGAGCUAGGGCAUGACGAGUCAGAUUCCAGUAACACUGGCACUCAACCACAAGAGACAGAUGAACAGGUACAGUCUAGGAGAGCAAGAAUGGCAGCAGAAAUACUUUCUGCCGAUGUAUGGCCUAUUUCUUCGGCAUUCAUUGAACAUGAUGAACUACUUUACAAAUUAUGGUCAAUCCUUGAUCAUCCUGCCCCCCUCUCGAUUGUGGCAUCGACCUACUUUAUGAAAAUUAAUGAAAGACUACUAGACAUGGAUAUAGCCUCAAUGAUUCGAUUUAUUUUGAACCAAGAUAAUUUGGUGGACAGGUAUUUGACUCAUAUAGAUAACCCCCCUUUGAUGGACUUCCUACUUAAAGUCAUUUCUACUGAUAAACCGGAUACCCCCACACAUGUAAUUGGUUUGUUAAAGUACCAAAAGUUGAUAUCGAAACUAUUGGACCACCUAUCACCGGAAUGGUCCUCAUCUGUGCAAUCCGCCGCAGGUGACUUUCUAAAAGCAUUAAUUACUAUAAGUGCAAACUCUAACAAUGAGAUCGCUUCUGCAAUUGGACCAAAUGAGUUAACUCGUGAGUUGGUAUCCCCUGCUAUGGCUUCAAAGUUAGGAGAUAUUAUGUUGAAUGGGGGUACUUCUUUGAGCAACGGCGUGGGCAUAGUUAUCGAACUGAUUAGAAAGAAUAAUUCUGAUUAUGAUUUCUUUCAGGUGAUGUACACAACUUUGAAGACUCAUCCACCAAAUGAUAGAGAUCCGGUAUAUUUGGGUCAUUUGGUGAAAAGUUUUGCCAAUAAGCUACCUGAGUUUAAUGCUAUGCUACUUGAUACAAAAUUACCUCCUCUUGAAACUCCUUUUGGAACAAUCGAACCAUUAGGUUUUGAAAGGUUUAAAAUUUGCGAGUUAAUUGCAGAAUUGUUGCAUUGCUCCAACAUGGGCUUGCUAAACGAGCCAAAAGGCGAGGAAAUAGUUAAUGAAAGGGAUAUUGACAGGGAAUGCGUGCUAAGGCUAGAAGGAUAUGGGAUUCCAAAGAAUUGCCAUGAUGAGGAAAGGUCCGUCUCUGUUUCUCCAAUAGAAGAAGAAGAUUUAGCUAAGAAGAUUAGAGAUUUGCAGCUGGUGACUGAUAAGAGACCUUCCAGCGAUAACAGUGUUGAGAGCCUUAAUUCAGAUUCUCAGCAGGCGACAACCCCUAUUCAUCAGCUGGGCACCGAAAUUCAUUCAGAGGAUUCAUCAGAUGCAGAGUUGUCAGAACAGGCAUUGCGGGAAAAGCCGGUGGUUGGUGACCAGCUCAAAAUUGCACUACAGGACAAUAAAAUUAUAACCACCAUUUUGGGGAUGUUCUUCAAGUAUCCGUGGAAUAAUUUCUUACACAAUGUUGUCUUCGACAUUGUACAGCAAAUUUUUAACGGUCCUUUGAAGACAGGAUAUAACAGGUUCCUCCUUGCUGAUUUGUUUGCAUCUGCUCACAUAACAGAGGCUAUAAUUGAAGGUGAUCGCAAAUGUCAUGAGUACGAGAGAGAAACUGGUCUUCGCCUAGGCUAUAUGGGCCACUUGACGCUGGUGGCCGAAGAAGUUGCCAAGUUCGCUUCCUACAUCGAUGAGAUGAAAAUUUCGUUUAGUAACCCCGUUAUAAGCGAAAGUUUAAAUGAUCAGCGGUGGAGGGAGUAUACAGAACUUGUCUUGGCUGAAACAAGGGGCAAAUAUAGCACGGUAUUGGGCGAUCUCGCUGAAGAAGAAGGCCGGAAUGUCGGAAAAGGGGCAAACGAGGAAGAUAACGCCCGGUACUACAAUAGCGAUGAGAUAUAUCAUGGUUCUUACGCGGAGCACGACGAUGAGAAUUAUGCGGAGUACAGCGAUGUUGACGGCAACCGUUAUUACGAGUAUGAAGAUGGGAGCGGCCACACCACUCGUAUCCACCUUAACCAAUUGGAUAACGACAAUAUUGACGACAUUGAGGAAGCCAGCAACGCAGACACGGAUAACAAGUUCCGGAAUUACAUGUCUCACCAGCUGGCAAACGACUACAAUACCACCAGCUUUUCUCCGGAUAAUGAAGAUGAGGGCCAAUGGGCUUCAGUGUCAGGCAGCAACAGGCCCGGCGAAGCCUCGUCUAAUUAUCAGUCUGAAAUCCAAAUCGAAUCUUCCGCCAUGUCAAAGCAGAGUAUUUUCCACCAUCAGCAAUUUGAUCUUCAGGACCAUGAGGACGGUGACGACUACAUGGACCCGAACGACGACGGUCAGUCGUACGCGAAGCCCAAUCACCCGCUGUAUUCCAACAUGCUGCCCUCGCAACCGGAGAAUGUCUACCGCAAAACUAGCGAAGUCGCAGAAGAGGGCGACAGCGAUGAGAGCGACGAGGAAAUGAUAGUCGUGGAGGGGACCCCAGGCUUUGAUGAGAGUACCGAACUUGACCAGAGCGGAACCGAGUAUGCUUUGUGUCGAACAUCAAGCAAAGACGAGAAAAUGUGGACUUCACCUGAACAGCACUCGACAAGAAUAAUUGGUAUGAACAACAACAUGUUCAAUAGAUCAAAGGACCUGCAUAAAGAUGAGUAG